AUGUCGGAUCCCGCGUCGUCUGCAACGGCCCCAAAAGGGGCAGAUGUCGAGGUUGAGACGUCGCCCGAGUUUCUCCUGGGCUACCCACAGCGGGUCGUCCUUGGCGUCGUCCAGGACGAUGACUAUCCUCCUAGCUUGGACAAACUCGUCGAGAUUGCUCAGAUGACCCUUCGCACCGCACAGCGCCAUGUCAUCUACCAGAUUCUGAAACGCUGUCUGUCCAGCACCGACGGCAAGUGGCGUCAGAUAUUCAAGGCGCUGCAAGUCGUCGACUACUGUCUGCAUGUCGGCUGUGACGAAUUCCUCCCAUGGGCUAGUUUCAACAAGUCGCUGUUCUCGGAUCUUCAAACAGACGAGAGGCAACAGUACCAUGACACGCUGCACGGCAUCAGGCUCAUUGAGAAGGAGUCGAAUCACAUCCUCGAUAUCCUGAGUCGCCAAGAUGAGCUGCUCCCGUUUGAGAAGCGGAACCCCAGCUCCUGGAUGUUUCGCGUUACACUAUCGCCCAACCCGUUUCUGGAGACCACGCCCUUGACGACCGAAUCUUUCGCCAAGUACUCAUCUUUGGAGAAUGCCCCGAGCCUCACCAUGCCCAAGGAUCUGGGGGAGCUCAGUACCAAUCACUCAGCUCCGACUGCGGAAUUUGAGAUCAACCCAACCCCUAUAGAGCCCAUUAAUCAUUCUCGGGAUCUGUCCGAAAUGUUGAGAAGCCGCCAUGUAAGGAACGGGUCCUCCAUAGCAGAAUCUAUCCGUCCCAGUACCUCGGCGGAUGAUCGCAACGGAUUCCAGUCAAAGAUUCUGCGUCGCCCCAGUACGGCAGUUGGUGACUCCUCCAACAGCGGGCUGCAGGCGAAACUCCCCUGGCCUCUGGGGCCUCUGGUACAUGAUGAGCGAGAACGAGGGGAAUCUCCCACACAGGAACCGCCUGCCCCCAUCCUCGACCCUCUACCCCGUGACCUUGGUCUUGGAAUCUCCCUCUCGAGUCUUUCGCUGGGAGAAAGGGAGCCCUGGCCAGCAGAUGAUGCCGUUUCUGCAAUCUCUGUUAACUCCCUCAUCUCUCCGAGACAGCCACCAUCAGACGCAUCAUCAAUCACACCGCCCGUCAGUGGAUCUGGGCUUCCUUCUCCGGCGCAAAGACGCCAGUCAAAGAGACAUCGCCAUUCAAUGAGGUCGCAGAGUCUGAUGGAGUUGAGGAACAACCCCCUUAGGCAGAAUGAUGAGCCCGUUGUAGUUGAUCAAGCGCGGUACAUCAACAUCGGGCCUUUGAGAAAAGGAUCGAUUGCACGAACCAGACCGACGCGGUCCAGCUCAUCUCUGGUCCAGCAGGCACACUCUCAACAAGGUUAUACACCCACGCCUGUGAAUCACAUAUCAAAUUAUAUGAUAGCGUCAAAGGUAGACAGUGUGUCAUCCGUCAGCGACAGGAGUGAAUCUGUAACCACCUCGAGAGAGUAUAAAUACUCCAGCCCGGCUCGCUACAUGCCCACCCGGCGAAUAGUGUCAGAUCUUGUGAGCGACUCCAAAUUAGAGACGGUGUUCUCAGACGACGGGACGGUCUCCCAUACAUCCUACGAGUCUAGCAUCGCUACUCGCCAGCGCCGGGUGAAACGGGAACACAGGUGGAAACGAUGCUGGGAGCUGAGCACCGGCACGUACGGGCGUGUAUGGCUCGAGGAGUCCAUCAACGAAGAGGAACGAGGUAACCUUCGAGCCGUGAGGGAGAUUGCGAAAACGAACAGGGGACAGCAAGUAAACUACGAUCGAGAACUAGAGGCAAUGGCCAAGUUCUCUCAUUCAAAAGUGGGUUUCAUCAUCACUUGA